AUGGGAUACUCUACGAUCUUGAACGGCGUCAUCGCUGUGCUUUUCAAACUUGAGGUGGGCAUGGGGAUGGUCGGAAAAAACAGAAAGACGGGCAAAAUUCCAACGUGGAUAAAACGUGAUGGCAAAUUUGUUCAAGAAAAGGUUCCGACGGCAUCAGAAGUCCAGCCCGGCUGGUGGGUUGGCGGCUGCUACGCGCACGAGCUGAAAAAGGACUGGGCUGGUGUCGUUGAUUUGACGGUGGAAUUUCCAGAGUCUUGCAUCAAACGCACCCGAGGCUACAUUUCUCUGCCAACUUGGGACGGUGUCCCCUGUUCCCCAGCUCAGCUUGAGGAGGCAGCCACUUUUGCCGUCAACGCUGCUCAGCAAGGGGGCGAUGUACUUGUCCACUGCGCACACGGACGGGGGCGCAGUACCACCGUUAUGUGUGCUUGUCUCGUCAAAGCUGGACUCUUUGAUACGUGGAAAGAAGCUUUUGAAAAAGGAAUUCAGCCCCAGCGCUCUGUAUGUAAAUUGAACAAAAGAAUGCGGGAGAACCUCACAGCUUGGCAAGAGCACUAUGUCGACGGUGAACCUAAGAAGAAGGGCCAAUAG